UCACGACGUAUUUCUUAAGGUUGAUUGUCCGUUAGCUGCUUAGCAUCUUACCUCGCAAGUCCCUCUCCUCUUAAAUGUCCAAAUGACAUUCACCCAUUCCCAUCUGGACCUGAUCGAUAUUUCCGGCACGAACGAUCUGUUUCAGAUCGCGCAUCAUGGGAUUCCAGCCGAGUCCCGAGGAACAAUUCGCUGGAAUCACACAUAUUGACGAUAAGUCAUACUCUUUGAAUUCUACCGAGCUUGCAGUACCUAGCUCGGACUGGAAUGAUAUACAUCUAAAAGCACUUCGCGUAGUUUUGCUCGAGUGCGAAAAUGAGAGAUAUUCUUCAAGCGUUCUUGUCCAGGAAGUGGCAGAACUAUUAGGUCAGGUGAUGGAGCACGCCACUCAGGUAGGGGGUUGGAGAGACCAGGAGGCGUUCGUACUGAGCAUGCAUGGUACGCAUCUGGGGUUGACUACAGCGCACUUUUCAGCUGCGUAUCUAGCGUACGUCAACAGCUCGAUGAUGCCGCAAACCGAGAGGCUGUGGGUCAGGCGUUCCGAAGCAUUUGACCUAAAAACCCGGUCAGGGCGGGCCCGCGCUUUGCAACUCUCUAUCGGUAUCUUUGAAUACCUCCGAAGCGGUAGCGCUGAGAUAGGCUUGCUGCAGACAAUUUUUCAAUAAUUGUUUGCAGCCAUUAAUGGUUUCCUUUGUUAUCACCCAGCAGCCUUAGUAGGCCAAUGAUCAGCCUUAAGGCCUCCUUCCGCCGGUCACGUUGACGAAGAUCGUAAGAUUCAGAAUGAUACACUCGAAGUUUCUCGCUUGGAAACCUCCCCAAAAUCAAGCCACUCAAGUAAGCAGAAGAUAUAGUUGCCGUGCUGAACUGUAACGCCGUUUUGUCUAUACGUAA